GUUGUUGCUCAAUCGUUUCCGGGGCAGGUUGAGGUGGAGGAAGAUUUCCGAUGGGUCGCAGCCGCAGCCGCUCUCCACGGAGGGAGCGCAGGCGGUCACGGUCCACAUCUCGUGAGAGAGAACGCAGGCGCCGAGAAAGGUCCCGGUCCCGGGAGAGGGAUCGUCGAAGGAGCCGCUCUCGAUCCCCGCACAGAAGACGCUCCAGAUCCCCAAGACGGCAUAGAUCCACAUCCCCGUCUCCUUCUCGACUGAAAGAAAGAAGAGAUGAGGAAAAGAAAGAAACAAAAGAAACAAAGAGCAAAGAACGUCAGAUUACGGAGGAGGACUUAGAGGGCAAAACAGAGGAAGAAAUUGAAAUGAUGAAGUUAAUGGGAUUUGCCUCUUUUGACUCCACAAAAGGAAAAAAGGUGGAUGGCUCUGUAAAUGCCUAUGCCAUAAAUGUGUCUCAGAAGAGGAAGUACAGGCAGUAUAUGAAUCGGAAAGGCGGAUUCAACAGACCUUUGGAUUUCAUUGCAUGAGAACUAAAAUGUUAAAGAAUGAUUUUUUCAUCUUGCUCAGAAGAGUGGAUUUUGUAUUUCAUAUUUAAUAUUCAUAAAAAAACAGGAUCACAGUACUUCCUCCUUGUAAAAGUAAGAAUAUGUUAUUUAUGGUAUGUGCAUUUCACUUUCCCAGACUCAGAAAAAGGAAGGUUAGUAUUUUUUUCUUUUAGCAAAUGUCAGUUGGGGCAGUCGUCACCCCCAGGUUCUCGCUCUUGUUGUGGUGGAGUCUGUUUCUUCUUGGAUGCCCAUUCAGACUUUUUAAAACCCGUGCAAGUGAUUUGGAUGGAAGUUUCUCAAAUAAAGCAAUAUUUCUACCCUUUUCUAUUUGAUAACUAUUUUUAUUACUAAAUAAAAUUUAUCUCCCUACACAUUUUCUUUCCCUACAUAUUUUCUGUGGGGUUUUUUUCAACUGUUAUUUACCCCAUUUAUUAUCUUGCCUCCAAUUAUCAUUUUCCUCACUUAUUUUUUUCCCCUUUUCAAAGGCAGUACAUGCUUAUUAUAUAAAAACUUGGAAGAAACCAAAAACUAAACAGAAAGGCAAAAAUCACCUCCAUUCUACCCCCAGAAACAAUCUGUAUUUUGGUGUCUGUCUUUCCAGUCUCUAUGGUAUAUAUUUAUUGACACCACCCAUGAUAUUAGACUUUAUAUGCUGUUCUCUUUUUGUUCAUCUUUUUUCUCCCAUGUACUGUGAGUGGUUUUUUUUUUUUUCCUUAGAUGUUCUUUAGAAACUUUUAGUAGCUACUUGGUUUUUCCAUAAUUUAUUAACUAAUGUUUUAUUGGCAAACAUUGGCUUCCCUCCCAUGACUUGCUGUUCUAAUUAAAACUGAGCAGUAUCCCUGUUA